CGAUCACUCGCUUCUCUCACCUGCUCGAGAUAUUUGGGCAGGAACGGAGAACGAGGCAGGACGUGUGGGGUAGUAGCAGCCAAGGACAAGAUACAAGGUCGGCAACGAGAGUUGCCGACAUAUAGCCCAAGGUCCCAGGAAGCACACGGCAAUUGAAGGCUAGGCCCACUCUGCAGUGUCCGUUCUCUAAUCCUCCCUCAUCGGGCAGGUUGUAGGCACGACCCUCCCCUUGGGCAGUCUAUAAAAGUCAAGUGACCGUCAACUUUGCUUCACCCUCCUGGCGGCCUAGUAUUUUGCAAGAGCAGAGUGAGAGUAGGAGAGCUUGAGUUGAGGCCUUGUGGGUUUGCACACAGAACAGCUUGAGAAAAUGUCACAGUGCCCAACUCAUGUCGCUCUCCGGUUGCUUGCUCUGCUCUUCCUGCUUCCAGCUGCGUGGUCCGCGACGUUCACGAUGACCAACAAUUGCGGCUACACGGUGUGGCCUGGGCUGCUGUCGGGUGCCGGCACGGCGCCGCUGUCGACGACAGGGUUCGCGCUGGCGCACGGCGCGUCGGCGACGGUGGACGCGCCGGCGAGCUGGUCGGGGCGCAUGUGGGCGCGCACGCUCUGCGCCGAGGACGCGACAGGCAAGUUCACCUGCGCCACGGGGGACUGUGGCUCGGGUGGCAUCCAGUGCAACGGCGGUGGCGCGGCGCCGCCCGCCACGCUCAUGGAGUUCACGCUCGACGGCUCCGGCGGCAUGGACUUCUUCGACGUGAGCCUCGUCGACGGGUAUAACCUGCCCAUGAUCAUCGUGCCGCAGGGCGGGGGCGCCGCAGCGCCGGCCGGAAGUGGCGGCGGCAGCGGCGGCAAGUGCAUGGCCACGGGCUGCCUCGUCGACCUAAACGGCGCGUGCCCGGCCGACCUGAGGGUCAUGGCGGCGAGCACCGGCACCGGCGCCGCCGCUCCCGGCGGGGGGCCCGUGGCUUGCCGCAGCGCGUGCGAGGCGUUCGGGUCGCCGCAGUACUGCUGCAGCGGCGCGUACGGGAACCCGAACACCUGCCGGCCGUCGACCUACUCCCAGUUCUUCAAGAACGCGUGCCCUCGCGCCUACAGCUACGCGUACGACGACUCCACCUCCACAUUCACCUGCACCGCCGGCACCAACUACGCCAUCACCUUCUGCCCAAGCACCACCAGCGGGAAGUACUCCGGCGGUGAGAACCCGCAGGCGGCCGGCGUGCCGUCCACCAACGACACGAUGGUCGUCCUCGGCGCCGAGCAGCUCUCCACCGCCUCCUCCGCCGCCGCCCAUGCUGCGCCGCAGCUCACGCUACCACUACUACCACUCGUCGUCGUCGCCGCCCUCGUUGCCGCCAUGAUCUAGGCCGGCCGGUACACCGUACACGUACAAAGGUGGCAAUCACCACCAUGCCUACUCCUCUCGCCGCUGUACGUGCCGCGGGGCCCACCAGCGGCUAAUCCUGCUCCGGAGGUGUCCUAAUCCGGCCCGUCUCUUGUGGCGUGACCGAGGCAGAGAUAAGAUUCUCCGAACAGAGCACGAGGAAAGGUUGGACAGUGCUACGACGACUGAAAACCGAUCGAGAAGGGAGAAAACAAGAGUUGUAUCCACACCGAUCGCAGCUUUCUUCUCGAUUAGUUUAUGUCAUAGGCUUAGAGAUUACAGAGUGGUAGUUAGUGAUGUACUGUUGGUUUUAGUCUUCUCUUUUCCUACGCUUCCUUGAGUUGUUGAGCGGAAACGAAUAGAUGAUGUAUUUACUCGAUCACCGUUUGUUCGUCGCGAUCACGGAUGAUUGCGGCGGCGACUUUGAUCAGCUGGGAAAAGAAAGGGCACGGCCAUAUUUCGUUCGUUGCU